AUGGCAGAGAAACACGCUCUGAUAUCAGAAGUUAUUCCACACAUUCAAACGAACAUGAAGGAAUCUAAGGAUAUAUCCAAGAACUUGAUGGGUGGGGAUUUUGAGAGGCAGUUUAGAGGUGCGAUGGAUAAUGAGAAGACUGAUAGACGAUGGCACACGUGGUUGAUUACACUGGGAGUUGUGGUAGCUGCUUUGGUUGCGUGGCUGUUGGUGUUCACAGUGGUGCGGGAAGUGCAGGUCCGUCAACUGCGGCAUGAGGUGGACGAGCUGACUGCCAAUAUGAUAGCUGUCUCCGCCAAUGUCAAGGCUCUCAGCCACAAAAUGGAGAAGAACAAACUAUUGAAUGAGUUUAAGGAGUUUCAAGAUACGAUUUACGCGGACGAGGACAUAAGCAGCAUAGCAGAUGGAAAAAGCCCUGUCAAAGAUCGAGUGUAUGACUCGCUGGAGAAACUUCAGGGACUUACGGUGUUAGAAGACGACAGCCAGGGAGAUGAUGAGGACAUGUUGGAUACUGGAGAUGACACAGAGAGUGGGGACUGGUACCCUGACUAUGACAAGAGAGCAGAACAUAUCGGUACAACCAACAUGGUGCACCUACAGCCGGAGGACUUUGUGGACACCGACCUCACAUUCCGGACUGACGGAGACAAGGACAUGCUGUCUAACAUCAGGGAAAUCAAGAGGCGUCUCAACGAAAACCCAGAGGAUCCUGACCUUGAAUUAAGUAUAAAGACUGACACAAAGCCCUAUGAUCCUCACAAGCAAGUUAUCGUGCCAGUGGAGAGUAUCCGUGACAAGCGCAGCGUCUUCCCUCACGACUCAGAUGCAGAUGCUGUCGAUGACUUCGCAGCCCCUAGCGUAAUUGCGAAGACUGAUAACAGGCGCAAAACAAAGAAAUUCUCUUCGAACGCGGAGUCGUCCCCAGCUAAAAUGGCUCUUCACACCGUAACUAGAACUGUCAGGAACAGUGAAUAUGAUGAAGGACGGAGACCUUUCAUCGCCGCACAUUUUCACGGGAACACGUCACACUUGAAUACUGAAACACACGAGUAUUAUAAAGGCAACGGCUUAGUCCGUGUAUCUCAUGGUGCUCCCCACGACGUAUGGUACCCAGCACCGUGGACGUCAGCGUCCCCACACCCUCGUCCCACACUCACCCGCAACGGGCACGUGCAUGUGCACCAUACAGGCGUUUACCUCGUCUAUGUGCAGAUCUACUACCUAGAUGACCACGACGUGAUCUCUUGGGUUCUCUACCGGACAAACCCCGAAAUCGAAGGCAGAGAGAAAGUACUUCAAUGUGCACAGUCUACGCACUCAAAUGGUUCUGAAAAAGCAAACUCUUGCUUCUCUGCCUCUGCUAUAUUCCUCAAAGCCGGUGAUAAGUUGGCAGUCAGGAAUACGGGAGGAGACAGGCACUCGUUGAUGCAGCCAGAGAAGAGCUUCAUUGGUCUUAUUAAACUAGCUGACGCCGAGGAUCCCAACCAGGAGUUGUAG